AUGGGGCUUCUGUUCUCUUCCAUAAAAUUUUGCCUUCUCUUCUCUUAUAGUGCAAUCAUGGAACACAAAGAGCUAUUGAAAGUUCCCUGGGAUUGGCAAAUAGGGUUGCUGUAUGUUGGCUUUAGUGCCUGUAUGUUUGGGCUCUACAGCUUCAUGCCAGUGGUCAUAAAGAAAACCAGUGCCACUGCUGUCAACCUCUCCCUACUCACAGCUGAUCUGUACAGCCUCUUCUGUGGAUUAUUCCUCUUCCACUACAAGUUUUCAGGACUUUACUUGUUGUCAUUCUUCACUAUCCUUGUUGGGCUGGUGCUCUACUCCUCCACUUCCACCUACGUAGCCCAGGAUCCUCGGGUGUACAAGCAGUUUCGAAAUCCUUCAGGACCUGUUGUGGACCUGCCAGCCUCCGGCCAGCUGGAGCCUUCAGUAACAUACACCAGCCUCGGGCAGGAGACAGAAGAGGAGCCUCACGUUAGAGUUGCUUAAACCCCAGGCUGUUGGUCACCUACUGAUGAUUUAGUGGAGCUCGUAUAUCCAUUAUCUCUGUAUUGUACAUAGAGAAAGGUAUUUACCAGGUGCAGUUACACUGGUGAGCUGCAAGGUAGCAAAUAAGGAAAGCUCAUAAUUAAUUGUUCCAGGGUGUUCAUUGCAAGGAGAUGCCAGUCCCACAUUUAUGGCAUUAACAGCAUGUUUGCAACACAAACUGCUGUACAUGGAUCACUAAAUGCCAAACUACCUGCAAAAGAUACUCGAAAUAAAGGCUGAAUUUGCAAGAAGGAAAGAUCAUAAAGGGUGUUUUUGCACCUAUUGAGCGAUAUUACGCCUAAACCACACAAUUUGUGGAAAAACAACUUGUUUAGUGUAAAUAUAAUUGUGCAGUCACUGUUGAUUUCUCUGUAAGAUUUGUUUGGUUUGCACAAAAUAGGUGGUUACUCAUGGUAAAAACACCCUGACACAUUUUUGCUAGCACCUUGUAUUUGAUUAGGAAAAGAUAAUUAGUUCAUCUGUGCUAUCUCUCUAGUUGCCCCUUCUAGGUAAUCUGUUCCAUGAAUCCAGAGGAGGGACAACUUACAAUAUCCGUCUCUAUUCUAGGAAUAGGUAUAAGGCGAGCAUUUUAGUCUUUCUAUAUUUGCAGAAAUGAAGUACUCCAGCAUUGACCUUUCUGUGUUCCAUGACAGAUUUCCUAGAGGCUGAGGUUCUGCGUCAGGUGACAGGGAGUUAGUUUCUCUGUAAUCAUGACUAAUACAGAUUUCUUACUUUUUAAAUUUUAAUCUGUAAAAAGAAAAAAAAAAUGCUUUUUCUAGUUUCCUAUCUAUUGUACCUCUCCAUGGUAAGCUGACAUGGCA